AUGAGUAUAGACCCCGAAAUGGAGUGUUUUGGCCCGGCGGCCGUUUACCUCCGGAAGCCAGAAAGAGAAAGACUUGAAGCUCAGAACAUUCCCUUUGAUGCUAAAACAUCUUACUUUGUGUCUGAACCCACUGAGAUGUACCUCAAGGGAAAGCUUGUGAAGAGAGAAGGUGGCAAAGCUACAGUCGAAACUCUUACUGGAAAGUCCCUCACUGUAAAAGAGGAUGACAUAUUCCCUAUGAAUCCUCCAAAGUUCGAUAAGAUCGAGGACAUGGCCAUGAUGACCCACCUCAGUGAGCCCGCUGUGCUGUAUAACCUCAAAGAGCGUUACGCAGCCUGGAUGAUCUACACCUACUCUGGGUUGUUCUGCGUCACUGUGAACCCCUACAAGUGGCUCCCUGUGUACGACUCUGUGGUUGUAGCAGGAUACAGAGGCAAAAAGAGGGUCGAGGCUCCACCACACAUCUUCUCCAUCUCUGAUAACGCCUAUCAGUUCAUGCUUCAAGACAGAGAAAACCAGUCAAUCCUGAUUACUGGAGAAUCUGGUGCAGGAAAGACAGUCAACACCAAACGUGUCAUCCAGUACUUUGCGACAAUCGCAGUUGCUGGAGGAAAGAAAACUGAGCCAACUCCUGGCAAGAUGCAGGGGUCGCUGGAAGAUCAAAUCAUUGCAGCCAACCCACUGCUGGAGGCAUAUGGUAAUGCCAAGACUGUGAGGAAUGACAACUCUUCACGUUUUGGCAAAUUCAUCAGAAUUCACUUUGGUUCAACUGGAAAGUUGGCUUCAGCUGAUAUUGAAACAUAUCUGCUGGAGAAGUCUCGGGUGACGUUCCAGCUGUCUGCUGAGAGGAGCUACCACAUCUUCUAUCAGCUCACAACAGGCCACAAACCUGAGCUGAUCGAGGCUCUUCUGAUCACCACAAACCCUUACGAUUAUCCAAUGGUCAGUCAGGGUGAAAUUACUGUAAAGAGUAUCAAUGACGUUGAAGAAUUCAUCGCCACUGAUACUGCUAUUGACAUCCUGGGCUUCACCUUGGAUGAAAAAGCCAGUAUGUACAAGCUGACUGGAGCUGUGAUGCAUCACGGAAACAUGAAGUUCAAGCAGAAGCAGCGUGAAGAGCAGGCUGAGCCUGACGGCACUGAGGUGGCAGACAAAAUUGCCUACCUCAUGGGUCUAAACUCUGCAGACUUGCUCAAAUGUGUGUGCUAUCCCAGAGUGAAAGUCGGAAAUGAGUUUGUAACUAAAGGUCAAACUGUGCCUCAGGUUCAUAAUUCAGUCAUGGCUCUCUCCAAAUCUGUCUAUGAGAAAAUGUUCUUGUGGAUGGUUGUAAGAAUCAAUGAGAUGCUGGAUACAAAGCAGUCCAGAAGCUUUUUCAUUGGUGUCCUGGAUAUUGCUGGGUUUGAAAUUUUUGAUUUCAACAGCUUGGAGCAGCUGUGCAUCAACUUUACCAAUGAGAAGCUGCAACAGUUUUUCAACCACCACAUGUUUGUCCUGGAGCAAGAAGAGUACAAGAAAGAGGGCAUUGAAUGGGAGUUCAUUGAUUUUGGUAUGGACUUGGCCGCCUGCAUUGAGCUAAUUGAAAAGCCAAUGGGCAUCUUCUCCAUCCUUGAAGAGGAAUGCAUGUUUCCCAAGGCAACUGAUAUGACAUUCAAAAACAAGAUGUAUGACCAACAUCUUGGUAAGAGCGCCCCAUUCCAGAAACCAAGACCUGUCAAGGGCAAAGCUGAGGCUCACUUCUCUCUGAUACACUAUGCCGGCACUGUUGAUUACAAUGUCAACGGCUGGCUGGAGAAGAACAAGGACCCACUGAAUGACUCUGUUGUUCAGCUGUACCAGAAGUCUUCAGUUAAACUGCUGGCUCACUUGUAUGUAGCACAUGCUGGCUCAGAAGGUGAGGGUGGUGGUAAAAAAGGUGGCAAGAAAAAGGGUGGGUCAUUUCAAACCGUAUCUGCUCUGUUCAGGGAAAACUUGGGCAAGCUGAUGACCAACUUAAGGAGCACUCACCCCCAUUUUGUACGGUGUUUGAUUCCAAAUGAAACAAAGACUCCAGGCCUUAUGGAGAACCAGCUGGUCAUCCAUCAGCUGAGGUGUAAUGGUGUAUUGGAAGGUAUCAGGAUCUGCCGAAAGGGGUUCCCAAGCAGAAUCCUCUACGGUGACUUCAAGCAGAGAUACAAAGUAUUGAAUGCCAGUGUCAUCCCUGAGGGACAAUUCAUUGACAACAAAAAGGCCUCAGAGAAACUCUUGGGUUCUAUUGACAUUGACCACACUCAGUACAAAUUUGGGCACACAAAGGUGUUCUUUAAAGCUGGCCUGUUGGGUCUUCUGGAGGAAAUGCGAGAUGAAAAACUUGCUAUCCUGGUGACAAUGACACAGGGCUUAUGCAGAGGUUUCCUCAUGAGGAGAGAAUUUGUCAAGAUGAUGGAAAGGAGAGAGGCAAUUUAUUCUAUUCAGUACAACAUUCGCGCAUUCAUGAAUGUCAAAACGUGGCCAUGGAUGAAGCUUUAUUUCAAGAUUAAGCCUCUUCUGAAGAGUGCAGAGACCGAAAAGGAGAUGGCUCAAAUGAAAGAAGACUUUGAAAAAACUAAAGAGGAGCUUGCAAAAGCGCUGGCAAAGAAAAAAGAACUGGAGGAGAAGAUGGUUACACUCCUACAGGAGAAGAAUGACCUCCAGUUACAAAUUCAAGCUGAAAGUGAGAACUUGUCUGAUGCAGAGGAAAGGUGCGAGGGACUCAUCAAGAGUAAGAUCCAGCUUGAGGCCAAACUCAAAGAGACUUCUGAGAGGCUGGAGGACGAGGAGGAGAUCAAUGGUGAGCUGACUGCCAAGAAGAGGAAGCUGGAGGACGAGUGCUCUGAGUUGAAGAAAGACAUCGAUGACUUAGAACUCACCCUCGCCAAAGUGGAAAAGGAAAAACAUGCCACUGAGAACAAGGUUAAAAACCUGAUUGAGGAAAUGACUUCUCAAGAUGAGACCAUUGCCAAGCUGACCAAGGAGAAGAAAGCCCUCCAAGAGGCCCAUCAGCAGACUCUUGAUGAUCUUCAAGCAGAGGAAGACAAAGUUAACACUCUGACCAAGUCCAAGACCAAGCUGGAACAGCAAGUGGAUGAUCUUGAAGGUUCUCUGGAGCAAGAGAAGAAACUUCGUAUGGACCUUGAGCGAGCUAAACGAAAGCUUGAAGGAGAUCUAAAACUGGCCCAUGAAACUAUCAUGGAUUUGGAAAAUGACAAACAGCAAUCAGAUGAAAAACUAAAGAAGAAGGACUUUGAAACAAGCCAGCUUCUGAGCAAGAUUGAAGAUGAGCAGUCACUUAGUGCUCAGUUUCAGAAAAAGAUCAAAGAACUUCAGGCUCGUAUUGAGGAGUUGGAGGAGGAGAUCGAGGCUGAGCGGGCUGCUCGGGCCAAAGUGGAGAAACAGAGGUCCGAUCUCUCCAGGGAACUUGAAGAAAUCAGUGAGCGUCUGGAGGAAGCCGGUGGAGCAACUGCUGUUCAAAUUGAAAUGAACAAGAAGCGCGAAGCUGAGUUCCAGAAGCUGCGUCGUGACCUAGAAGAGGCCACCCUGCAGCACGAGGCCACCGCCGCAGCUCUCCGAAAGAAGCAGGCUGACAGCGUGGCAGAGCUAGGAGAACAGAUCGAUAACCUCCAGCGUGUCAAACAGAAGCUGGAGAAGGAGAAAAGUGAAUACAAGAUGGAGAUCGAUGACCUCUCAAGCAAUAUGGAGGCCAUUGCCAAAGCAAAGACAAACCUAGAAAAGAUGUGUCGUACUUUGGAGGAUCAACUGAGUGAGAUGAAGACCAAAAGUGAAGAGCAUGUUCGCCAGCUGAAUGAUAUUAGUGUACAAAGAGCAAGACUGCAAACAGAAAAUGGUGAAAUCGCUCGCCAGCUGGAGGAGAAAGAAGCCCUGGUAUCUCAGCUGACCAGGAGCAAGCAGGCUUACACCCAGCAGAUUGAAGAGAUCAAGAGGCACAUUGAGGAGGAAGUUAAAGCCAAGAAUGCCCUGGCUCACGCUGUUCAGUCAUCUCGCCAUGACUGCGACCUGCUCAGAGAACAGUAUGAGGAGGAGCAGGAGGCCAAAGCUGAGCUGCAGCGUGCAAUGUCCAAGGCCAACAGUGAGGUGGCACAGUGGCGAACCAAAUAUGAGACUGAUGCCAUCCAGCGCACCGAGGAGCUGGAGGAGGCAAAGAAGAAGCUUGCUCAGCGUCUCCAGGACGCAGAGGAGUCCAUUGAAGCUGUGAAUGCUAAAUGUGCCUCUCUGGAAAAGACAAAACAGCGUCUGCAGGGUGAGGUGGAAGAUCUGAUGAUUGAUGUAGAGAGAGCUAAUGCUCUGGCUGCCAACCUUGACAAGAAGCAGAGGAACUUUGAUAAGGUUCUCGCAGAGUGGAAACAGAAAUAUGAGGAGAGCCAGGCAGAGCUGGAGGGAUCUCUAAAAGAAUCGCGUUCUCUCAGCACGGAGAUGUUUAAGAUGAAAAAUUCAUAUGAAGAAGCUCUGGACCACCUCGAGACCUUGAAAAGAGAGAAUAAGAAUCUGCAACAGGAAAUCUCUGAUUUAACUGAACAAAUUGGUGAGAGUGGAAAAACCAUUCAUGAGCUGGAAAAAGGCAAAAAGUCUGUCGAGACUGAGAAGUCAGAACUUCAAACUUCACUUGAAGAAGCAGAGGCUACACUGGAGCAUGAGGAAUCCAAGAUGCUUCGCAUCCAGCUUGAGCUCACCCAGGUCAAAAGUGAAAUUGAGAGAAAACUUGCAGAGAAGGAUGAGGAGAUGGAGCAGAUGAAGAGGAACAGUCAGAGAGUGAUUGAGUCCAUGCAGAGUACUUUGGACGCUGAGGUCAGGAGCAGGAACGAUGCCCUGAGAAUCAAGAAGAAGAUGGAAGGAGAUCUAAAUGAGAUGGAGAUCCAGCUGAGCCACGCCAACCGGCAGGCUGCUGAAGCCCAGAAACAGCUGAGAAAUGUCCAGGGACAGCUUAAGGACGCACAACUGCACCUUGAUGAUGCUAUCAGGGGACAGGAAGAAAUGAGGGAGCAAGUAGCAAUGGUGGAACGUAGGAACAAUCUGAUGCUAGCUGAGAUCGAGGAGUUGAGGGCGGCUCUGGAGCAGACGGACCGAAGCCGCAAAGUCGCAGAACAGGAGCUGGUUGAUGCCAGUGAACGAGUGACGCUGCUGCAUUCACAGAAUACAAGCCUUAUCAACACCAAGAAGAAGCUGGAAGCUGACCUUAUUCAGGUCCAAGGUGAAGUGGAAGAUUCUGUACAGGAAGCAAGGAAUGCUGAAGAAAAGGCCAAGAAGGCUAUCACUGAUGCUGCCAUGAUGGCUGAAGAGCUAAAGAAGGAGCAGGACACUAGUGCUCACUUAGAGAGGAUGAAGAAGAACCUGGAGGUCACCGUGAAGGACCUGCAGCACCGCCUGGAUGAAGCUGAGAAUCUGGCCAUGAAGGGCGGCAAGAAGCAGCUCCAGAAACUGGAGGCCAGGGUUCGUGAACUGGAGAGCGAAGUUGACACUGAACAGAGGCGUGGAGCUGAGGCUAUCAAGGGCGUACGUAAAUACGAGAGAAGAGUGAAGGAGCUGACCUAUCAGUCUGAGGAGGACAGAAAAAACCUGGCCAGACUUCAGGAUUUGGUUGACAAGCUGCAGCUGAAAAUGAAGUCUUAUAAGAGACAGGCUGAGGAGGCUGAGGAGCAGGCCAACACUCACCUGUCCAGAUACAGGAAGGUCCAGCAUGAGAUGGAGGAAGCUCAGGAGCGAGCCGACAUCGCUGAGUCCCAGGUCAACAAGCUGCGGGCGAAGAGUCGCGAAAUUGUCAAGACCAAAGAAGCAGAAUGAAGAAGUUGUCAAGCUUUUCAGUAACGAGUCAUAAAAUAUGAGCAUCUUGUUACAUGUUCACUUUGACACGUUAAACAUGCUAAAGUAAAUAAAAAAAAAGGCAGUCUGUGACA